UGUUGAGAAGAGAGCAGUAUCUUGUCCAAGCGGCUGGACUCAGUAUGGGAAUCGAUGCUUUCUCUACGAUAACCGUCAAAUGACUUGGGCUCAGGCGCAGCGAAUCUGCCAGUCCUUGAAUGCAAACCUGGCAUCUGUAAACAGCCACGACGAGUACCAGUUCAUUCGAGCCGUCAUAUCUAGUGCCUCUCGUGAAAGUGGACUAACAUGGGUUGGUGGCUCAGAUGGUCAACAGGAGAAUUACUGGUUUUGGAUUGAUGGAAGCUAUUUCACAUUUACGCAGUGGUGUCACGGAGAACCUAACAACGCUGGGGGAAACGAGCAUUGCUUAAUGGUGAAUUUUUCAGGAAGCAAGUGUUGGAAUGAUGGGAGAUGUGACAGCCAGUACCCAUUUAUUUGUGUCAGGGCCAGCUGCUGAUUCCUGGGCUCUCGUGAAGGCGUGGCCUACCUGACGACAGAGCAAAUCCUCUAAUAUAUCACAAUAAGAAUCUGGUUCUGAUUUGAUUUACUUCUUUUCUUUUACUGUAGUGCUGCAUAAGGAAUGAAGCGACAAGUGACAUAAGCUGGAGUUGCUCUUUUAACAGGAGCAGAUUGCAUGUGUACUUGAAACAAAGCUUUUAGCAAAACUUUGUUUCCCAGAAUGAAUUGUUGUUUCUCAUCUUCUUCAUCAUUAAAAUCUUAAGCAUUGAA